AAUUUCAAAUUUUCAAUCCCUAAAAGUCGAUUCCAUCGCCAAUCAAAAGGGGGCAAAAAACGAUCCCGCCGCUCCAUUGCCGCCGGCGCGAAGCUCCUUUCCGACUUCCGCCAGCAAGCCGCCACUAGUUCAUCAAUUCCACCCCAGACCCGGAAAACUUUUGAAGACCAAAUGGGAAACAAAUUUAGACUUCUGGGGAUUUUUACGCUCUUUACCCGUUAGUGCUUCAGCUGCGGGCCAAUCAAAAGCGAGGAGAAAUUCACAGCCAAGUUCAUUGCUUUCUCUUCGGAUCAGCAGCUUUACGUGCUUCUUGUUUCGUACGUGGAAUUGACUGAAAUGGUGAAUCUGAAUGGAGCGUCUUGACUGGAAUGGGAAAGGUCAAAGGUUGAUGAUUUGCGCACUGCGUUCUUAAGCCAUGAUAUGGUGAACUAUCGUGUAUUUGGGAUGGUUUCAGUUCUUGCUCGUGCUGGCAGAUUCUAAACUUUUACGAACAAAUUAGAGUAUGUUCACUGCUUCUUGGUGCGUUCACCUGCUCAAGCGCACGCGAACUGUCUCUCUCAACCUUAAUAGUUCGCUCUGUUUCUCAACUCAAACAUUAUCCACUCAAUGCCAACUCUCUUCAGCCCUCCCUUAUCUCAAGCUUCUCAACUCCAAGCUCUCUGGCUUCAUGAGAGGUGGCCUGGUCGAGGAAGCAGAGAAUUUGUUCGACGAAAUGCCUGAUCGAAAUGUUGUGACUUGGAACACCAUGAUAAACGGCUAUUUCAAGAAUGGACAGAAGGAAAAAGCCUUCGGGUUGUUGGGUUCCAUUCCCAAUCCUGAUAUCUAUACAUACAACACAAUGAUCUCCGGGCUGGUCCAGAGCGGUGAUCUGUUUGGUGCUAGGAAGGUCUUCGAUAAGAUGGACUCUAGAGAUGUAGUUACCUGGAACUCCAUCAUUGCCGGUUAUGUUCACAAAGGAAUGAUCGACGAGGCGAUGCAAUUGUUUCAUGAAAUGCCUCUCGGGAUGAGAGGGAGAGACACAGUGUCUUGGAUAGUUAUGGUUUCUGGCUUGGCUAAGGAAGGGCGUCUUGUUGAAGCUCAUGAGUUGUACGAGCAGAUGCCGCUCAAAGACUCUCAUGCUUCCAAUUCCUUGAUUGCUGCAUAUAUCAGAAUCGGGGAGCUGGGCCGGGCAGAAAACUUGUUUCACAAGGCAGAACAAAAAGACUAUGAUUCUUGGAGGCAAUUGAUAAAUGGGUUAGUCACUUGUGGAAGACUCAGUGAUGCUCUUAGCCUCUAUUUGGAAGCACCUGAGAAAUGUCACACUACGUGGAACUUGCUGCUGCUGAAAUUAAUGGAAAAUGGAGCACCUAAACCAGUUCAUGCCCUCCUCGAAAAGCUUCCAUAUGGCGACAUUGUGUCAUGGACUAACAUAAUCGUCGGAUACUUCAGGGCAGGUGAAGUAGGAGCUGCAGUUAGCCUGUUUUACUCGAUGCGUAGUCUAGAUGUAACGUUAUGCAAUGUGAUGAUAUGUGGACUAGGAGAAAAUGAUCUUAAGGAAGAAGGCGUCAAAUUGUUUAUGAUGAUGAAAGAAUCAGAGUUAUCACCUGAUAAGGCUACUUUCACUAGCAUCUUGACAAUUUGUUCAGAGUUACCAGCCUUAUGCCUAGGCGAACAAGUAUGUGCACAGAGUAUCAAGACGGCACUAAAUCACACUAUCGAGGCCCUUGAGAUGUUCGAAGAAAUGAGAUUUAGCGAUGUGAAGCCUAAUGAGUUAACCUUUAUUGCCGUUCUGUCUGCUUGUAGCCAUGCAGGAUUGGUGGAAAAAGGAAGGUUUGGGCUGAUUGAUGAAGCUAUGAGUUUUAUAGACCAAAUGAGAGCUGAUGGGCUUGAAGUUCCCGUUAGUGUCUGGGGAGCUAUACUUGGAGCUUGUAGAGUUCACAGAAAUGUUGAAGUUGGUGCAGUUGCUGCUGAGAAUGUGUUGGCGAUUGAACCAAAUAGGUCUGGCACGUACAUGAUUUUGGCAGAGAUAUAUGCUAGCGUUGGAAGGUUGAACGAGGUGGAGAGAGUUUUGACCCAAAUGAAGAAAAAUGGAGUCAAGAAACAACCUGGGUGCAGUUGGAUUGAGAUGAACGACGGUGGAAGUGUUUUUCUUUCUGGAGAUAAGUCGCACCUUGAGUUUGAUAGGAUCGUUGAACCCUUGGAGGUAUUACACGUGGACGUGGAGCUGAUGAGUGUAGGCUCUGAUCAAAAUCUUGUUCAAUCUUGUUGGCACUCUGGGUAA